AUGCUGAUCUCAUCCAGGCAGUAUUCGAAUCUCACAAACUUCGAGAAUACUCUCUCCGGAGACAUCGUGGCGGAGUCAUCGUCGGAGAAGCGGUGGCUAUCUCCGACUUGCUCUCCGCACGACGAACCCAUCCAUGAACAACUUCCACAUCAGGAGGACGAAUAUUAG